CGUCAUAUGGAAGUAUAACAUCGGCUUAAAUUAGUCAUCGCUUCACAUGUUGACUGAUUCCGGUUAAAAUUGCAGCCCAGAGGCUUGCAGCUACAGUAUGUGGCCCAAUCCGGUUAUGCUUCAGAUUUCUGAUUUCGGGUGGUUUUUACGUUCAGCAUUUGAAAUUUCCCGUGCGCACCGCGGCCUGCAUGGAUGGUGCUUUGGCAGAGGCAUUCCAUCGAUUGCAGUUGCUUUCGCUUGACUGUUCAUUUUGUGAUUUUGAAACUUUUGAGUGUUUUAUGAAGAAGCAGAAAAUUUAGCUGGAGGUAGCCACUUUAUAAGCAAGGAUGAGUGCGUCGAACCCUGUUUCGGAUCCGAACGGUGCCCCAGCCGUGGAAUCCGCAUCUUCGUUUCUUUCCUCCCUGGGAACAGGAGAUAUCCUGUUGCUCCUUUUGGUGAUCCUUGGGUCAGCAGCAUGGUUUUUCAGUCGCAGGAAAAGCAAACUGUCAUCGAUUAGUGAACCCAAAUUAACUGUGAUACCUGCUACACAUACGGAGACUUCAAGCGGAGGUUUUGUUGACAAAAUGAAAGCAUCGGGCAAGAAUGUAGUGGUAUUCUACGGUAGCCAGACAGGAACUGCAGAAGAAUUCGCUAAUCGCCUGUCAAAAGACACCCUGCGUUUUGGACUGAAAGGCAUGUCGGCCGAUCCGGAAGAGUACGACAUGGAAGAACUGCCAAAACUGAAAGAAAUUGACAAUUCCCUGAUCAUUUUUUGUGUUGCUACUUACGGAGAAGGCGAUCCUACUGAUAACGCGCAGGAACUGCAUGACUGGUUGAAGAACAACGACGCAGAUUUAUCUGGUCUUAAUUACGCGGUGUUCGCACUGGGCAAUAAGACCUACGAGCAUUAUAAUGCUUUCGGCAAGCUGGUCGACAAGAGGAUGGCGGAACUGGGCGCCACACGAGUUUUCGAGAUCGGAUUUGGCGACGAUGAUGCCAACAUCGAAGACGAUUUCAUUACGUGGAAGGAUAAAUUUUGGCCGGCUGUGUGCGAGCAUUUUGGAUUGGAACAGCACGGAGAAGAAAUGAAUAUGCGACAGUUUAAAUUGGUUAUCCCGGAAAAUAUCCCUGAAGAAAAGAUCUUCCACGGUGAACCGGGCCGUCUAAACUCCUUCAAGUUACAGCGACCGCCUUUUGACGCGAAGAAUCCUUUUAUGGCCAAAGUGACUAGCAAACGUGAACUUCACCAUGGUGGCGACAGAUCGUGCAUGCAUAUCGAAAUCGACAUUACCGGGUCAAAGUUAAGAUACGACGCCGGUGACCAUGUUGCGGUGUACCCUGCAAAUGAGAAGGCUUUGGUGGAUAAGCUUGGAGAAGUGUUAAAUGUUGAUUUGGACUCUAUCUUCACGUUGGUUAAUUUGGAUGAAGAUUCCAGUAAGAAGCAUCCAUUUCCGUGUCCCUGUUCAUACCGAACCGCUUUCACAUAUUAUAUCGACAUUACUACGCCGGUGCGAACGAACGUGCUGAAAGAGUUAUCCGACUAUGCAGCUGAUCCGGAGCACAAAGAAUUCUUGAAACUUAUGUCAUCCCGCAGUGAUGAAGGAAAGGCCAAGUACAAUGAUUGGGUUAUCAGAGACUGCCGUCACAUUGUCGCCAUCCUGGAGGAUCUGCCGUCCGUUAAACCACCCGCAGAUCAUUUAUGUGAAAUGUUGCCUCGUCUUCAAGCCCGCUACUAUUCUAUCUCAUCAUCUCCCAAGCUCUACGCGACAACCAUCCAUAUCACAGCAGUGUUGGUGGACUACGAAACCCCCACUGGGCGUACAAAUCAUGGAGUGGCUACCUACUGGCUGAAGAAUAAGGAUAUUAAACCACUGGAUGAUCCAGAGCCAGCCACCGCUCCUGUUUUUGUUCGGCGUUCACAGUUCCGUCUUCCCUUCAAACCACAAACACCCGUGAUCAUGAUCGGUCCUGGGACAGGUGUUGCGCCUUUUCGUGGCUUUAUUCAGGAGCGCGACUUACUCAGACGCGAAGGAAAAGCGGUUGGAGAGACAAUUUUGUACUUUGGAUGCCGUAAAAAAGCGGAAGACUUCAUUUACAAUGAGGAGUUGGAGGGUUUCGUUGAGUCUGGCACACUGACCAAAUUGUACACAGCAUUUUCCCGCGAUGCACCGGAGAAGGUGUAUGUGCAGCAUUUACUGCGUGAUAAUGGGGAGGAGGUGUGGAAUUUGCUGGAAAAGGGUGGCCAUAUUUAUGUUUGCGGUGAUGCCCGCAACAUGGCGCGGGAUGUUCACGAGGUAAUCGAAAGGAUUUGUCACACGCAUGGCCAUUUGUCGGAAAGCGAUGCGCAGGCCUUUGUCAAGAAGCUUGAAUCGCAGCGGCGAUACUCUGCUGAUGUUUGGAGCUAGCAGUAAGGGAAGCAUUCCGUGGUUAUGGUUGUGGUAGUUCGGGUGAUGGGUCAUAGUAUUUUUUUUCGAUGAAUUCCUUUUAAACUUUACUCUUUUAUUUGUCUGUAGUUUUCGUCUAUCCGGUUUAUGGCGAGUUCAUAUUGGGAUUUAUAGCUUGCUAUGGUUUUUAUCUUUUACAGAGAGCGUAAUAUAUUAGCUGUUAAGCGAAAUUUUCCUUUAAACAAAUGGUUUGUUUUACUUACACGAGAUUGUUGCGUUGGUUAAAAACAAUCAGAAACCGACUG